UCCACUUUCCUGUAUCCCAGUAAGUGCUCACCUUGCAUGCGGGGCCCACAUUCUGGGCUUCAUCCUUGCUCCCCCUCUACAUCCCACCGUCUCCUAGCCUUCCCCUGUCUCCCCUGCAGCCCCAACCCACUGCUGGGAAGGAAGUUCCCUCCUCCACCUCCCCUCCCAGCUCUAGAGCAGGUUCUGUGCCCGGGGGCUCUCUAGAGACAGCUCCUCCCCUCCAGGUAAAGCCACAUUCUCCUGGCAGGGCCCCCAGUCACCUCACUGCAUACACACACACUCCACCCACAAACUGCACGCUGUAUACACAAGUCACACUGGAGAUAUACUCACUCUCAGUCCCAACCCCAAACAGACCCCGCCUCCUCCUCUGUGGACUCCUAGACCGGCUCCUUUUACCACAUUCCCUAACCUGCCAGUGCCUGAAAGAAGACGAUAUGGGGGCUCCUCCACCUAAGGCAGAGGGGCCCAGGGUCCAACUCCAGAAACUUCUGGCCUCCUGGCUGCUCAGAGAGCAGGACUGGGAUCAGCAUCUGGACGAGGCCCACAUGCUGCAACAGAAGAGGAUCCGAGAGUCUCCACUGCUUCAGGCAGCCAAGGAAAAUGACCUGUGUGCCCUCAAGAAACUUCUGCUGGACCGAAGCUGUGAUUUCCGACAGAGAGGAGCCUUGGGGGAGACCGCGCUGCAUAUAGCGGCCCUCUAUGACAAUCUCGAGGCCGCCGUGGUGCUGAUAGAGGCUGCCCCGGAGCUGGUCAAGGAGCCCACCUUGUGUGAGCCAUUUGUAGGUCAGACCGCCCUGCACAUAGCCAUCGUGAACCAGAACGUGAACUUGGUGAGAGCCCUGCUUGCCCACGGGGCCAGCGUGUCUGCGAGAGCCACAGGCACGGCGUUCCGCCGCAGCCCCCGCAACCUCAUCUACUUUGGGGAGCACCCCUUGUCCUUUGCUGCCUGCGUGGGCAGCGAGGAGAUGGUGAGGCUGCUCAUUGAGCAUGGAGCUGACAUCCGGGCCCAGGACUCCCUGGGAAACACCGUGUUGCACAUCCUCGUCCUGCAGCCCAACAAGACCUUUGCCUGCCAGAUGUACAACCUGCUGCUGUCCUAUGAUGGGCGCAGGGACCACCUGCAGUCCCUGGACCUCGUGCCCAAUCACCAGGGUCUCACCCCCUUCAAGCUGGCCGGAGUGGAGGGCAACACCGUGAUGUUCCAGCACCUGAUGCAGAAGCGGAAGCACAUCCAGUGGACCUACGGGCCGCUGACCUCCACUCUCUACGACCUCACCGAGAUCGACUCCUGGGGGGAGGACGUGUCCUUUCUAGAGCUGGUGAUUUCCUCCAAGAAGCGAGAGGCUCGCCAGAUCCUGGACCAGACCCCAGUGAAAGAGCUGGUGAGCCUCAAGUGGAAGAGAUACGGACAGCGGUACUUUCACAUUCUGGGUGCCUUGUACAUGCUCUAUAUGAUCUGUUUCACCGCCUGCUGCAUCUACCGCCCCCUCAAGUUCCGCUCGGGCAACCGCACAGAUCCCCGGGACAACACAGUCCUCCAGCAGAAACUGCUGCAGGAGGCCUAUGUGACUCAGCAGGAUAAGAUCCGUCUGGUGGGGGAACUGGUGACCAUCACGGGGGCUGUGAUCAUCCUGCUCCUGGAGAUCCCGGACAUCUUCAGGGUUGGUGCUUCUCGCUAUUUUGGACAGACUAUCCUCGGGGGACCGUUCCAUGUCAUCAUCAUCACCUAUGCCUGCAUGGUGCUGGUGACCAUGGUGAUGCGGCUCUCCAACGUGAACGGGGAGAUGGUGCCCAUGUCCAUUGCCCUGGUGCUGGGUUGGUGCAGUGUUAUGUACUUCGCUCGAGGAUUCCAGAUGCUUGGUCCCUUCACCAUCAUGAUACAGAAGAUGAUUUUUGGAGACUUAAUGCGCUUCUGCUGGCUGAUGGCUGUGGUUAUUCUGGGAUUUGCCUCAGCGUUCUAUGUCAUUUUCCAGACAGAGGACCCAUCCAACCUGGGGCAAUUCUAUGACUAUCCCAUGGCACUGUUCAGCACCUUUGAGCUUUUCCUCACCGUCAUUGAUGGGCCUGCCAACUACGAAGUGAACUUGCCCUUCAUGUUUGGCAUUGUCUACUUUGCCUUCACCAUCAUUGCCACGCUGCUCAUGCUCAACCUGUUCAUCGCCAUGAUGGGUGAUACACACUGGCGGGUGGCCCAUGAGCGGGAUGAGCUCUGGAGGGCCCAGGUGGUGGCCACCACAGUGAUGCUGGAGCGGAAGCUGCCUCGCUUCCUGUGGCCUCGCUCUGGGAUCUGCGGGUGCCAGUAUGGGCUGGGGGACCGCUGGUUCCUGCGAGUUGAGAACCACCAUGAUCAAAAUCCUUUGCGAGUGCUUCGCUACGUGGAAGCUUUCAAGGGCUCAGACAAGGAGGAUGGACAAGAGCAGCUUUCUGAGAAACAGCCCUCUGUUUCUGUGAUCGAAAGUGGGACCCCAGCCAGAGCCUCUCUGGCCCCUCCAACGCCUUCCCUAUCCCGGACCACAUCUCACAGCAGCAGCAGCCACCGGGGCUGGGAGAUCCUGCGUCGCAACACAUUAGGACACGUGAAUCUUGGGCUGGACCUUGGCGAGGGAGAUGGAGAGGAAAAUAUCUAUCAUUUGUGAUGAGGACCCCUGUUACUAUUGGCCUGACAAACAGGUGGGCUUAAAUGGAGGGAAGUAUCUGAUUGUUUUGCCUGUUAAUCAUGAGAGGGGAUAGGCAGAAUAAUUCUUCAAGGUCAUGUCUCAUCCUUCACAUCAGCAUUUCUGGAGAUGGGCAAUGGACGUCUGUUGUCCCACGUAUCUUCUGGUUUCCUGAAAGUCCCACAUCUUGAGAAAAGAAGGUGUCUCUUAGAGCAAAGUUGGAUUUAGCCAUCAAAGACAUGAACUAGGGAUGCUAAACUAACAUCUGGAUCAUCUUUCUUUCUGCCUCAUGCAGGCACUAGAAAGUAGUGAGCUGUGAAGCCUGCUUGGUUCCACAAGGCUUAAUGUGGGAAGAUCCAGGCAUGGCACUGAGGUUAUGGCCCUUCCCUUUUCCCCUGUAGGACUCUCUCUCACCCCGCAACCAACCCCCAACUAGAAAACUGCAAUAAGAAAGGUUCUUUAUCCUUGCUUUAUUUUUCAGAAAUUUUAUUGUGGGAAGAUACACAUCACAUAAAUUUACUAUCUUAACCAUAUGUAGGUAUACAAUUCAGUGGCAUUAGGUACAUUUACGCUGUUGCAUAAUGAUAACUACUAUUCAUCCACAGGAUGCUCUCAUCAUCUCAAACCAAAACUCUGGUACUCAUUAAACAUUAACUCCCCACUGUGCCCUCCACACAGUCCCUCAUAACCAAUAUUCCACUCCACAUCUAUGAAUUUGACUACUCUAGGUACUUCAUACAGGUGGAAUCAUUCAAUAUUAAUCCUAUUGUGUCUGGCUUAUUUCACUUAGCAUAAUAGUUUCAAGAUUCAUCCUUGUAGCAGGCAUCAGAAUUUUAUUCCUUUUAAGGGUCAAAUAAUAUUUCAUUGUAUGGAUAUAUCACAUUUUAUUUAUCCAUUCAUCCACUGAUGGGUAUUGGGGUUGUUUCCACCUUUUGGCUAUUAUGAGUAAUACUGCUAUGAACAUUGGCAUAUAAUUCUCUUCAAGUUCUUGCUUUUGAUUUCUUCGGGUGUAUCCUUAGCUGUGGAAUAGCUUGGACUUAUGGCAAUUAUUAUUUAAUUUUUUGAGGAACUGCCACACUUUGUUGUUUUUCUUUUCUUUUCUUUCUCUUUCUUUCUUUCUUUCUU